AUGGCUGCUCGGCGGCUAUUGGCGGCGACCCUCCUUUCCGUUCUCAGCCUUGUCGCUGCCCAAAUCAAGAACGAGAAUGGGUAUGCAGGCUGGCUCCGAUAUGCGCCACUCCCGGAAUCAGUUACGAGCCAAUUCACAGCGCCUUCUAACAUCGUCGCACUGAACAUCACGGAAAAUGGCCCGGUCUAUAUAGCUGGUCUGGAGCUGCAGAAGGGUAUCCAGGGCAUCUUCGGCAGCAAAGUGAACGUCGCAAACACCAACGUCGGUCCUUCAUUAUCCUCUCCAGGGAUUGUCGUCAGUACCUUGAGCCAAUAUGUCAAGGCCUACGGGAGCGCGAACACUGGUCACAUUCCAGAGCUUGCGGUAGACGGAUUCUGGCUCGACACCACUGGCGAAAUGGUAAAGAUUCUGGGCGAGAAUGGACGCGCUGCACUUUACGGUGCGUUCGAGUAUCUCUCCCUGCUCGCGCAGGGAAACUUUUCCAAGGUGGCGUAUGCAACGGCGCCUGACGCGCCAAUUCGGUGGGUAAACCAGUGGGACAACAUGGACGGACACAUCGAGCGCGGAUACGGUGGUGAUUCGAUUGUCUUCGCGGACGGAUCCAUCAAGACCGACAUGCAGCGGGUGACCGACUACGCGCGUCUUCUGGCUUCGAUCCGCAUUAAUGGCAUCAUCAUCAAUAAUGUCAACGCUAAUGCCACUCUUCUCAAUCCCCAGGGGAUCGACGGUAUUGGUAGAGUUGCCGAUGCGUUCAGACCGUAUGGGAUCCAGGUUGGCAUCUCCCUCAACUUCGCUUCACCUAGCGCGAACCUGGUCUAUGGGAAUCUCAGCACGUUCGACCCACUCAACCAGACUGUCAUUGACUGGUGGACUAACGUCACCGAUAAGAUCUACGGCAGAGUGCCAGACUUUGCGGGAUACCUCGUCAAAGCAAAUUCCGAAGGCCAGCCCGGUCCUCUCACAUACAACCGGACAUUGGCUGAAGGAGCCAACUUGUUCGCCGCUGCUCUGAAACCACAUGGUGGCAUUUUGAUGUUCCGAGCCUUCGUCUACGACAACCACAUCAACGAGACGAACUGGAAAGCCGACCGUGCAAAUGCCGCCGUGGACUUUUUCCGAGACUUAGAUGGCGUGUUUGACGAUAAUGUCGUGGUCCAGGUCAAGUACGGCCCCAUCGAUUUCCAAGUCCGUGAGCCGCCGUCGCCGUUGUUCGCCCACCUUCGCGAGACAGGCGCGGCCAUCGAGCUCCAGAUCACUCAGGAGUAUCUUGGACAACAGUGCCACCUCAACUACCUGCCUCCUUUGUGGAAGACGAUACUCGACUUCGACCUGAGAUCUGACAACAAGUCGUCCGUGGUUAGUGACAUUGUCUCCGGUAGGCGCUUCAAUAGGACUCUUGGUGGGUAUGCAGGCGUCGUCAACGUUGGGGUGAACGACACAUGGCUAGGAAGCCACCUGUCGAUGUCCAACCUAUACGCAUUUGGCCGCAUGGCCUGGGACCCACACGGCGAUCCAGAAAGCAUCCUGCAAGAUUGGACCCGCCUAACGUUCAGUUCUGACCCUCUCGUGAUCGACACGAUCUCAGAUAUUUCCCUCGAGUCGUGGCCAACGUACGAGAACUAUACCGGGAACCUUGGCAUCCAGACUCUGACGGACAUCCUAUACACGCACUUUGGGCCAAACCCUGCGUCUCAGGACAACAACGGCUGGGGACAGUGGACACGCGCCGACGCGGACUCAAUAGGCAUGGACCGAACCGUGUCAAAUGGUACAGGCUUCUCAGGCCAGUAUCCGCCAGAGGUUGCGCAGGUAUUCGAGGACAUAUCCACCACACCGGACAACCUUCUGCUCUGGUUCCACCACGUCAACUACACCACUCAACUCAGGUCCGGCAAGACUGUGAUCCAGCACUUCUACGACGCGCAUUAUGCCGGCGCCGAGAACGCACAGACAUUUGCAACGAGGUGGGAGCGGCUCAAGGGGAAGAUCGAUGACCAGCGGUACAACGAGACGCUGUUCCGGCUGAAAUAUCAGGCCGGACAUUCCAUCGUCUGGCGUGACUCCAUCAAUGAAUUCUAUCAUAACAUGUCUGGCAUUGAGGACGAAUCAAAGAGGGUCGGCAACCAUCCCUGGCGCCUGGAAGCAGAGGACUUCGAUCUAGAUGGGUAUGAAGUAUACGCAGUGCAUCCGUUCCACACGGCAUCGAACUUCACCGGCAUCGUGACCUCCUCAAAUUCUACCGCCGGGACGGCUACGACGACGGUACCGUUUGACUCCGGCACGUACAAUAUAGCGGUGGGGUAUUGGGAUCUGUUCAAUGGUACUUCGAAAUGGGAAUUGAGCCUGAACCACCACACAGUCGGGACUUGGUUGGGCGAUAAUGAGAAAUAUCUCGGCCACGAGCCUUCGAGAUAUCUUGAUGGCCAUUCUGCAACGAGGGUGACAUUCCCCAAUAUCACUGUUGAGAAAGGCGAUGUGUUGAAGGUGAUAGGAACUCCCGGUGGGAUCGAACCGGCCCCUCUGGACUACGUUGCCUUUUUGCCCGAAGGUAUCGUUGACUAG